UCUAGGUUCUUUGUUUACAAACAAUUAUCUCGCGUAGUGCAAACAAAUCGGUUUGGUACAGCACUCUAUUGCCACACGAGGACGGCUGUAAUCGUGCCGCGUUGUGCCCCCGUACUUGAACAUCCGCCUGUGUGCACUAUUGCGGUGAAGGCCGCUUGAAGAUAGUGUAGUGUUUCGCACCGGAACCAGUUGGGCACGAACGGGCUAGACGUUGUUUAGAUACACAUAGAGACACAGCGCCAUCGCCGUCCUAGCCUGCUGUGUGUACACUGAGACACGCUAAUUGAUUGACCGAACCGAACGAAUACGUCGUAGAAGAAAGGCAGCAGCAUGAAGUACAUACUCGUCACGGGUGGUGUGAUCAGCGGCGUUGGCAAAGGAGUUAUCGCCAGCUCGUUCGGCACGCUGCUCAACGCAUGCGGCAUACCCAUAACGUCGAUCAAGAUCGAUCCUUACAUCAACAUCGACGCAGGAACGUUCUCCCCAUACGAACACGGUGAGGUGUUUGUUCUUGAUGAUGGCGGUGAGGUGGAUUUGGAUCUGGGAAACUAUGAGCGUUUUCUGGACAUUGUGCUGCACAAGGACAACAACAUUACUACGGGCAAAAUGUAUAAAAUGGUGAUCGAUAAGGAGCGUAUCGGGGAUUAUCUUGGCAAAACCGUUCAAGUGGUUCCGCACAUAACGGACGCCAUCCAGGAAUGGGUGGAGCGGGUAGCGAAGCAGCCGGUAAAGGACAACAUCGUGCCGGAGGUGUGCAUCGUCGAGCUGGGCGGCACGAUCGGUGACAUCGAGGGCAUGCCGUUCGUAGAAGCCUUCCGCCAGUUUCAGUUUCGCGUGAAGAAGGAAAACUUUUGCGUGGCGCACGUAUCGCUCGUCCCGUUGCCCCGGGCUACCGGUGAACCGAAAACCAAACCCACCCAGGCAAGCGUCCGUGAGCUGCGCGGGUUUGGCCUGAGCCCGGACAUGAUCGUGUGCCGGUCGGAGAAUCCGAUCGGCGAUGAGGUGAAGGACAAGAUUAGCAACUUCUGUCACGUGUCGCCGGAUCAGGUGAUCUGCAUACACGACCUGUCCUCGAUCUAUCACGUGCCGCUGCUGAUGGAGCAGGCCGGCGUGGUGGACAUUCUGAAGGAGCGGCUGCAGCUGAAUCUGCCCACGCCGAGGCCGGCGAACUUUAUGCAAUCGUGGCGCGAUCUGGCGGAACGGGUGGACAAUGUGUACAAGAAGGUGAACAUAGCGCUGGUCGGGAAGUACACGCGGCUGCAGGAUUCGUACGCGUCCGUGAUGAAGUCGCUGCUGCACGCAUCGAUUGCGGCCGGGUACAAGCUGAACCUGACGUUCAUCGAUUCGUCGAAUCUGGAGCGCGAGACGAAGAUAGAAAACACCAGCCUGUACUACGAUGCGUGGCACGAUCUGACCAACAGCCAUGGUAUCAUUGUCCCUGGUGGGUUCGGUUCGCGUGGUUUAGAGGGCAAAAUUCGUGCGUGUCAGUGGGCACGCGAGAAUGGCAAACCGAUGCUCGGUAUAUGUCUCGGUUUACAGGCUGCCGUUAUUGAAUUCGCUCGCAAUGUGCUUGGAUUGGAGGGUGCGCAUACGACGGAAUCGAACCCGGAUACACCCCAUCCCUUGGUGAUCGACAUGCCCGAACAUCAUACGGGCGUGUAUGGCGGAACGAUGCGACUUGGCAAACGGACGACCAUUUUCCGGGGCUACAGCAAAAUCCGUCAACUGUACAACAACAAGCAGCAGAUCGAGGAGCGCCACCGGCACCGGUACGAGGUGAACCCGGACUAUGUGGCACAGCUCGAAUCGCAUGGUAUGCGCUUCGUCGGCACGGACUCGGAAAAGGAGCGCAUGGAAAUUAUGGAGCUGAAAGACCACGUAUACUACGUAGCGACCCAGUUCCAUCCCGAGUAUCUGUCGCGCCCGCUCAAACCUUCGCCACCGUUCUUGGGGCUGAUACUGGCCGCGGUCGGUAAGCUCGAUUCCUACCUCAAGGAUGGGCAGAAGCUGCUCCAGCAGCAGUGCAGCCCGAGCAGCACAAUGCCGAACGAUAAGGUGAACGCGCAGGAGCUUAAUCAGAUCCGCGAGCGUGCCAAUGGACUGAAGAGUGAGGCGAGCACAUCCGCUGCGGUGCAGGUGAACGGUGCGGUUCCGAGCAAGCAAGAAUCGCCCAUCAAAAUGAACGGGGUGCAUACGAAUGGAACGGAUUAAAGCGGGGAAGCAUCGCCGGUUAAAAGGUAAGUAUUGCAACGAUAAGGUUUUUCGGUGAAAAAAGAGCUGGCAGAAUGGUUGAGACAGCUACCCAAUUCUUCCAACUGCAAAGCGUAACAGAGCGAUAGUAGGUUCAGCUGUGUAAAGUUAAAACCCAAGACAAGUCAGUGGAGCUGUGCAUCGUGAAAAUCACGCAAAACAAAAAAGCGCAUUCAACAGAAUGUUUCCGAUUGAUAAAGAAAUCCAAUUUCUAGAAUAAUACACAAUUUCUUACCGAUUGAACAGUUAAACAGUUGAACUUGUGCCGCCGAAAGGGCGAGACGCUUGAAAUAAAUAGAGCUUAACGAAUAGGUUUUAAUUGUUCAUUUGCCAAUCAUUUAUAGUUUGUAAGCGCAUCCAGCAGCAGCAGCACAACAAUUUACUUUUGUUUGCUCUUUCUUGAUUAAAUGUCUAUCUGAG